AUGUCGUACACCACAAUAUCGCGAACUCUAAUCGCCGAAUCCAUGAGAGAUCAGGUGUUUACCAGUGCGCUCCACGCACAACGGCCCCUCGGUGGCGCGCUGCGCAACGUCGCCGACAAAUUCAACAUUGCGGAGAUGAACGAGUCGAUAGACCGAUACGACUCGGACAACUCGCCUUACUCCAUCCGUCCGUUGCCUCCGGUCCUUCGUCAUGGCCUCGCCGCCGUGGCAACGAUGGGGUUUAUCUCCUUCUUCACCAGCCUGGGCUUGUUGAUGUUUCUCACCUACAAGCUGAUAUCAUGGCAUAACGGGCCACCGAAAGAAGUGAAGAAGGACCCGAUAGCCAAGGUCGAGUCACCGGCACCGACGGACGCGGUGUUUAUUAUUCCGAGCGAGUGGACGGCGUCGCGGCAGGAACAAGAAAAACCGAUGAAGGAGACAUGGAUACGAAGAGCAAUCAACGAGCCACCUAACCAGUUCCUUGUACUAAUAUUCAACCUUUUACUCGCCGACAUCCAGCAGGCGCUGGCGUUCCUACUUAACGUCGAGUGGCUUACGAGAAAUGCCAUCGAAGUGGGAACCGGAACUUGCUGGACCCAGGGAUGGUUCGUCUCUACCGGCGACCUAGCAUCCUCCGUCUUCAUCACAGGCAUCGCUAUCCACACGUAUAUGUCCAUUGUGAGGGCGAAACAAUUACCAACAUGGGCGUUUCAUACGGCAAUCAUCAUGAUGUGGGGAUUCGUGUACGGAACGGGAAUUAUGGGAAUCAUUGUAACAGACAAUGGCAAAAAUGACGGCGGCUUAUACGUUCGAGCCGGCGCGUGGUGUUGGAUCAACUCCAAGUACCAGGACAUCCGCUUAACUCUACACUACCUCUGGAUCUUUAUUUCCUUGAUUGUCACAACAGUAAUCUACUUCAUAAUCUUUUUGCACCUCCAGAGAAUUGCAAGGAGGAGCGGGGGAGUCGUCCCCUGUUGCACCAUCUCAGAACCUGAAGCGAUUAGCUCUGAAUCAGCAAACUGCGGCGGAUCAUCGCUAUCAUCGAAUUGCGGAGGAUACUCACUAUCAUCAACCUGCGGAAGACACUUACCUGGAAUUCCGGACUACGCUCGGCAACACACCUUCCUACUCUACCCUCUGGUGUAUGUUGUCUGUACCUCACCUCUAGCUGCCGGCCGCCUUGCUUCCAUGGCCGGCCACGAAGUAUCACUCAUGUACUUCUGCUUCGCCGGAGCCAUGAUCGCAUCGAACGGCUGGCUCGAUGUCGUUUUAUACUCUUCAACUAGAAGAUCCAUCGUCUUCGCAGCGGACGGACCACCGUCACAGGAGACUGGUUUGGAGACGUUUGCAUUUAUGUGCCCUCAACCGCCAAAGUUCGGCAACACCACGAUAGUCACCGGCGGCAUCGAGCUACCGAAACGAUCGCUGCGGGGUAAAUGGAACGAGAGGAUGACCUUGAAGGGGCCCAAAUCUGGCAGCCUUAGAGGGCUCAAGGUCGACGGAAGCACCAGCACAGACAGCAUGAGAGGAUUCGGCAUGGGCGAGGGUUCAGUUAUGGGAAUGGCGAUUCAGUGCGAAACAGUCACGACGGUCUCUGUCGAAGUCAACACGAGACCACAGGUUACGCGACCGAAACUGGCGGCGUUAGGCAGGAAAACGAGCGACAUGAGUUCUUUCAGUGGCACGUCCACGAGUUCAUCAAGGAGGUCUUUGGGGGAUUAG